CGCAAGGCGCGCGGUGAGUGCCGAGUGUCAGCAGCGCGCAGAGGCCCGGAGCUGCGAAGGGCGCGAGGAGCCUCCACGAUGUGCGGAAUCUUCGCCUACAUGAACUACAGGGUCCCCCGGACGAGGAAGGAGAUUUUCGAGACCCUCAUCAGGGGCCUGCAGCGGCUUGAAUACAGGGGCUACGACUCCGCAGGUGUGGCAAUCGAUGGAAAUAAUAAUGAAGUCAAAGAAAGACACAUCCAGCUAGUCAAGAAAAGAGGAAAUGUCAAGGCUCUUGAUGAAGAACUUUACAAACAAGACAGCAUGGACUUAAAAGUGGAGUUUGAAACCCACUUCGGCAUUGCCCACACGUGCUGGGCCACCCACGGGGUCCCCAAUGCUGUCAACAGCCAUCCACAGCGCUCAGACAAAGGCAAUGAGUUCGUCGUCAUCCAUAACGGGAUCAUCACAAAUUACAAAGACCUGAGGAAGUUUCUGGAAAGCAAAGGCUAUGAGUUUGAGUCAGAAACAGAUACGGAGACCAUCGCCAAGCUGAUUAAAUACGUGUUCGACAACAGAGAAACGGAGGACAUUACAUUUUCCACGCUGGUCGAGAGAGUCAUCCAGCAGUUGGAAGGCGCGUUCGCGUUGGUUUUCAAGAGCAUCCACUACCCCGGAGAAGCCGUGGCCACAAGGAGAGGCAGCCCCCUGCUCAUCGGAGUGCGGAGCAAAUACAAACUCUCUACAGAGCAGAUCCCCGUGCUGUACAGGACACGCAAUAUUGAGAAUGUUAAGAAUAUCUGUAAAACAAGGAUGAAGAGACUGGACAGUUCCACCUGCCUUCACGCCGUGGGUGACAAAGCAGUGGAAUUCUUCUUUGCUUCUGAUGCAAGCGCUAUCAUAGAGCACACCAACCGGGUUGUCUUCCUGGAGGAUGAUGACAUCGCUGCAGUGGCUGAUGGGAAGCUCUCUAUUCAUCGGGUCAAGCGUUCGGCUAGUGAUGACCCAUCUCGAGCCAUCCAGACCUUGCAGAUGGAAUUGCAGCAAAUCAUGAAAGGUAACUUCAGCGCAUUUAUGCAGAAGGAGAUUUUUGAACAGCCAGAAUCGGUUUUCAACACAAUGAGAGGUCGGGUGAAUUUUGAGACCAACACAGUGCUCCUGGGCGGCUUGAAGGACCACCUGAAGGAGAUCAGACGAUGCCGCCGGCUCAUCGUGAUUGGCUGUGGAACCAGCUACCAUGCCGCCGUGGCCACACGGCAAGUUUUGGAAGAACUGACCGAGCUGCCCGUGAUGGUCGAGCUUGCUAGCGAUUUCCUGGACAGGAACACUCCCGUGUUCAGGGAUGACGUCUGCUUUUUCAUAAGCCAAUCAGGCGAGACCGCAGACACCCUCCUGGCGCUGCGUUACUGUAAGGACCGCCGGGCCCUGACCGUGGGCGUCACCAACACCGUGGGCAGCUCCAUCUCCCGGGAGACUGACUGCGGCGUCCACAUCAACGCGGGACCAGAGAUCGGCGUGGCCAGCACCAAGGCUUACACCAGUCAGUUCAUCUCUCUGGUGAUGUUUGGUCUGAUGAUGUCUGAAGACCGUAUUUCACUGCAAAACAGAAGGCGAGAGAUUAUCCAUGGCCUGAGAUCUCUACCUGAGCUGAUCAAGGAGGUGUUGUCCCUGGACGAGAAGAUCCACGACCUGGCCCUGGAGCUCUACACGCAGAGGUCGCUCCUGGUCAUGGGGCGGGGCUACAACUACGCCACGUGCCUGGAAGGAGCCCUGAAAAUUAAAGAGAUAACCUACAUGCACUCAGAAGGCAUCCUGGCUGGGGAGCUGAAGCACGGGCCCCUGGCCCUGAUUGAUAAGCAGAUGCCCGUCAUCAUGGUCAUCAUGAAGGAUCCUUGCUUUGCCAAAUGCCAGAACGCCCUGCAGCAGGUCACGGCCCGCCAGGGUCGCCCGAUUAUACUGUGCUCCAAGGACGACACCGAAAGCUCCAAGUUUGCGUACAAAACCAUCGAGCUGCCCCACACCGUGGACUGCCUGCAGGGCAUCCUGAGUGUGAUUCCACUGCAGCUCCUUUCCUUCCACUUGGCUGUUCUCCGAGGAUACGACGUUGACUUCCCCAGAAAUCUGGCCAAGUCUGUAACCGUGGAAUAAGAACAUGAGUGCGAGGAGACCAUUGCCACCUUCAAUCUGUUUCAAGACCUGUCCCAAGUGACACAAAGUGGGAAGAAAAGCUGGCAUUCUGCGUGUUCUGAGUAGAUCCCAGUAGAGCUUGACAGCUUUGACGUGCCUUGUGCCCAAGUGCUUUGCUUACAGCAGAUCGUCUUUCUCUGUGUCCUGAAGUCGCCAGAGGAGAAGGGAAUCUUUGUUUACACACGGGGACCAGAGCGAACUUUUCCACUCCCGUGCAAUAGAGGUACAGCUCUCUUCAGAAUAACUGUGAACCUUUUUUAACCAACACUAGUUAGUUUUAAAAGACAAAAUAUUUAUAAUGACAAUUGUAUAGCUUUUAAGUUAUUUUUCUAGUAUGUGGCUUUUCUGUAGCCAAGGUAACUCCCAGACCGUGCCCCCGGCUACCCAGUGUGCCCUGUCUCCAGGCACAGGGCAUUCAUCUCAGAUUUGAGCACCAGGCAUUGCCUCCCUGGACUCCUUUCUCCUUUCCCAUCCUCUCUUGACUGCUCCCGAGUCCCAUACCCUGACUUCGGGGAAGCCCUUCCCGCUAUCUUCCUAUGCCUCCUGUAAGUCCCGUCAGAACCUCAGCCUCCUUCAGCGGUGUCCUCUCGUCUACAGUCUCCGACUCUCCACCUGCUCUUUCGUCUGAUCGUGGUUUUUAUUACAGCCCAGGCAGCAUUUCAGUCCCUGCUCCUGCCCACAGUAAAACGGCUUGGAAGAACCCAUGCAAGAGGGCAGUUUCGAGUGAGCUCCCUUGCCCUCUAGUUACAGGCGUGCACAAUCAAAGUACUAUGCAAUUUUAAGACAAUAAAGACAGUACAAUU